AACAUUAGGCACUUCGACGAGACUAGAUCACCAGAGGCAAAACAAAAGCCAACUUUACUUCCGUUGUAAUCAACUUCUUCAGUGCUUCUUCCUCCUUUUGUUCUUAACUUUGGUCAUUAUGCUGAUUUGCAAAUAUAGGUGAAAGUAAUCGAAGAUGGGGAAAUCUCCUAGCAAGCUGAGUGCAAGCGAUAUCAAGGAAAUCCAAGAUAGUACAUAUUUUGAUAAAAGAGAAAUACAACAAUGGCACAAAGACUUUAUGAAGGAUUGCCCUAGUGGAGCGCUAAGGAGAGAGGAAUUCCAGACUAUCUAUCAUCAAUUUUUUCCAAAUGGCGAUCCAAGUAAAUUUGCAGGAUUUGUGUUCAAUGUGUUUGACUCUGACAAGGAUGGAUACAUAUCAUUUAAGGAGUUUAUAUCAGCAUUAUCAGUUACAUCAAGGGGUUCGUUAGAUGAGAAAUUGGAUUGGGCAUUCAAUCUCUAUGAUCUAGAUCAUGAUGGAUUCAUAACCAAGAAGGAGAUGCUUGAUAUUGUGGAUGCAAUUUACAAGAUGGUGGGAAAUAUGCUUGAUCUGCCAAGUGAUGAAGAUACUCCAGAGAAGAGAGUAAAUAAGAUAUUUGGUCAGAUGGACACAUCUGGUCGUGGAAAACUAAACAAAGAAGAAUUCCGAGAAGGUUCAAAAUGCGACCCCUGGAUUGUGCAGGCACUAUCCUUGGAGAUUCCACAGUAAGGCUCCGCAAAAUAGUACUACUGUAUAUGAUAUAUUGGAAGAGCUUUCUUCUCAUUUAUACCACCGACAGUCAAAAACUAGAAGAGGACUUGAAGAAGACUUGACCUGAUAAUUACAGCAAUAUUUUGAUGUCAGAUCCAGAGUUUAUUCAUUUUAGUAGAUAAUCUUAAAUUAUUAGUAUCUGAACAGAUUUUUCCAUCCAUAUUCCAUUUUGAUGUGCUAUAUAGUUGAUUUAUACAAUAAGUCAAAGGCUGUGUUUUUUUUUUUGGUUUUUUUUUUUCACUGAAUUCACUUUACCUGCUGACGCUAACAUAGCCUGUGGGCAGAAAUCCUAAGAAAUAAAACAUACACUAUUUAGUUCAAAAAAGCUAGGCUGUUUUUAUUAUUACAUAAUGAAUUUUGAUUUUUCAUAAAUCGUAUUUGAGCCCUUUGCUUUCUAUUCCUUCCUGAUGAUUUUUUGUCCACUUUGUACCACUUUUUUUUUACCCCUCAUAAAUUUACUCAUCUCUCUUCCUCUAUGGUAGAGAGCUUUAGAUAUUUGUUUAAAUAAUACUCAAUUAUGCUUACGGUAAUUUGAAUUUGUCCAUUUAUUUUUAAAUGUUAUCCACUGGUUUAUACUUUUAUAUAAAUAGUUUAAGGUUAUUUUAUAUCAAUCAUUUAUUUUACAUGGUAGAAUUAUUUGUACAUUAAGUCCUCUGAUUACACAAGUAGAUAUAUGACACUUUAUAUAUAAUUAAUGCUAUUAUUAUUCUAUUAUUUAUUUGUAUUAAAUUAGAUGGCGUGUACAAAUUCAGUAUUAUUAAUAUUAAACAUCUUAAAUUGUGGUCAGCUAUAAUGAGAUGUAUUAAUAGACACCUCAGUUUAUCAAAAAUAGUGGUCUUCAUUUACCAUUGUUAAUGACUUAUAAUUAAUGCUGAAGUUUCUUUUAAGUUUAAAAAUAUUGGUGUAAUAUAUGGACGAGACUGAUAUAAUAAAUAUUUUGUUAUUGCUAUAUUAUAAUCCAUAUGAAUAUUAUAUAUAUAUAUAUAUAUAAUUUUU